AUGGAGGCUGUCGGCAAUAUCAUGCUGAGCCUGCACCGAAACCUCCAAGAGAUUCAGACAUCCCUGGAUGGUAGAGGUCAAAGCAGAGAGCAUGAACUUCUGCAAAAUGCAAUAGACCGGGCUGAGCAGGCGUUGCGUUCGCAGGCAGGCAUACCGAAGUGUGCGUUACAUGUGGGGAGUUCCAAACCACGAACAGGGGGGACUUGA